AUGCGAGCCCACGGGCAGAUCGUCAAACGCCACUGGGGUAAGCUCAGUUGCGAGGAGAUGCUCCACAGGAAGUCCUUUGCCUUCCAAAUCGACCUUUCAAGUGGUCAAGACUUCUGGAAAUCAGUGGAAGUGCACCAAAGCGUGCGAAACCGAUUUUGGUAUUUUACGUUCGCGGCGUGCGACGUGGACAUCGAAAUCGCUCCCUCCUUCGAGAUCCAUGCGGUCAACUCGCGGCAGGGUUUCGAGGAAGAGUUCGGCAUGGACCAGCGCGGAACGCUGCUGCUGCAG